AUGGGGCGGCAUCACGACUCGAAAGUCGAGUCGCGCGCGCCCGAGGGGCAGAUGCACCCGUUCUGCGUCGGGCUCCUCGGCGGCGCCGCCGCGGGGCUCACCGUGAACUCGUGCCUGUUCCCGCUGAACACGAUCAAGACGCGUCUGCAGGCGCGCGUCGUCGGGACGCCGAUCCGCGAGACGCUGUUCAAGAACCUGUACCGGGGGUUCAUCAUCGACACCGCGGGGUCCAUCCCCGGCACCGGGCUGUUCAUGGCGUCGUACGAGGUCAUCAAGGCCACGGGGAGAGUUCCCGCGCUCGUCGGCGCCGCGAGCGCCGCGGGCGUCGCGUCGCUGAUCACCGCGCCGUGCGACGCGAUUAAACAACGACUCCAAGUCAACGCGAGCGCGACGCUCGCGAACGAGCUGAAAGCGGUGGCGACCUCGCGGAACCCGCUCAAGACGAUGUUCGUGGGGUACCCGCAGUUCCUCCUGCGCGACCUCCCGUUCGACGCGAUACAGAUGACGUCGUUCGAGGUUCUGAAGCGGUGGCACUGCGACGCGUUCGAUCCGGGACGCCCGAGGACCGCGAAGGAGCUCGCGUUGCUCGGCGGCGCGGCGGGCGCGUUCACCGGGUUCGUCACGACGCCGUUGGACGUCGCGCGGACCGCGGAGGUGUGCGCGGGCCUAAACGGCGUGAAGUGCACGGGCGUGAUGUGCCUCGUCGAGCUCGUCAGGCAGGGCGGCCCGGGCGUCUUGGUGCGAGGGUCGCUGCCGCGGAUGCUCGAGAUCUCGCUGGGCGGGACGUUGUACUUUAGCGCGUUGGAGGCGACGAAGAAGGCGCUCGGGUGGGUGGAUCCGUGCGUGGUGAAGGUGGGCGAGGGCGCGAAGAAGGGGGGCGGGGGGAAGAGAGAGACGAAGACGCCGGGGGCGGGGAAGAAGGGGAAGGACGCGAUUCGAUCCUCCUCGACGACGGUGAAGGAAAAACGAGGACUGAUUCGCGCGUGA